AAGGCUGUCCACAAGGUUGCGGAGUGUGUUUAUAGGAAUUUUCCACCAUUCUUCCAUUGGUCAGGACUCUGUGCAGGCCAGUCAAGUUCAUCCACACCAGACUCUGUCAUCCAUGUCUAUAUGGACCUUGCUUUGUGCACUGGUGCACAGUCAUGUUGGAAGAGGAAGGGGCCCGCUCCAAACUGUUCCCACGAGUGCACCGAUUCAUCUCCUGAUGGAACAGGACCGAGAGCAUCUCCACCGUGAACCCAACAGAACCAGAGACCUAAAUUGAAAGCCGUUUGCCACUCCAGGAGUUUCUCCUUACAAGGGCACCGACUUCAUGGUGUCAACACUUUGGAACGUUCCAGAAGGGGAGGGAGAUUCCCUCUUGGAGGAGCCACGAGCACACAAACAAGUUCCGUGGCACCCAGUGUGACCUCACUCGGCAGGAAUGUGAGCUUGGAGCAGGUCGUGUUCCAACACGUGUCCAGAAGAACCUUGUCCAGGACCUUCUGGGCUGGACUUCUCCAGCCUCACAAGGGCCGCUGGGGCGUGCAUGAAGAAGUGGAGUGUAGUGUCCCAGCAGCGUGACGAUCAUACGAUUCAUGGUUCCUCGUAUGAAACUCACCGCAGGUCACAUUCCACACGAGUCACAUGACCUGCUGCUCCCGUUGUCCUGGGGAACACGCCGUGGAGGAUCAGCACAAGGCUGACAGCGCAGAGGAGCAUUGAAGACGCACAGGAAGUGGAGAGGGAGCGUCGGCGGCGAGCUCGCGAGACGUCCUGUCGCAGGAACAGCGACUCAGCGCCUGCAGAAGAGAAUGACAUGUGCGAGGACGACUUCAAGCCCAGCAGCUCUCCUUCCUUAGAGGAGGACGAGGGCUUCAGCGACUGGACGCAGCGGCGAGAGAGGCGGAGGCAACAGCGCCUCCAGGAGGUCGUCCGCCGAGGCGAAGAGGACGAAGAGGAAGAGCGCGCCGCCGGCAAAGCGUCCUCCGCUCGCCUGAUACGCGACGAUAAAGACGCGCAGGUGGAGACGAGGAACGAGGUCGCCCAAAAGGAGAUCGGAGACACCAGAAGACCGUCGUUCACCUCCAAAGUUUUCCUCGUCCAGGAUCCCAAACACUCUGAUACGCACGCAGCCCACCAGGAAUCAUCCCCCGAGAACCAACCCCGGAAGUCUGCCAGGUCCGGAGAGCAGGGUGAGGCAGACGCCAUCGCGGAGGCCGAGCGGCGCCUGCAGAGGAUCCAUCGAGGCCUCCAGGAGAAGGAGAGCCAGGAGGCGGAGCUGCUGAGGCGGAGGCAGGCGGAGGCGGAGCAGGAGCUGGACGAGCUGAAUAGGAGGCGUGAGCUGAGGCGCCAUGUCCGCCAGGAGGAGGAGCGACGCAGGGAGGAGGCGGAGCGGCAGCGGCUCGCCGAGGAGGAGGCGGAGCAUCAGAGGAUGAAGGAGGAUAUGGAGAGGAGGAGGACGCACGCCGCGGCGAGGAUGAAGAGCAUGAGCGAGCGUGACGCCGACGACGCCUUCUGCCCCUUCACCCCCAAGACGUCCACCCACAAAAUCACAGAGAGGACAGAAUCUCUGAACCGCUCUCUGAAGAAAAGUAACAGUUUUAAAAAGACCCAGGCGCUCGUCCUGGUGAGCAAGAUCGACGACAAGAUGGAGCAGUACGCCCACGCUGUGGAGACCUCUCAGGAACCUCGAGGGGCGAAAACGCCGAUGGUCGACAUUCCCAACUCGCUGGAGGUGGUCACUUCCAAGAAGAACCUCUUCGAGGCUGGCCAGGCCUGGACCAGCAGUCCCGCUAAAACACCGUCAGGCAAGGACACUGAUGGGUUAAAGGUGGGCGUGGCCAAUCUGAUCACUCAGUGGGUCAAAGGUCAGCCUGACUCCAGCCGAUCCUCACAGAGCCGACCCGAAGAGGUGAAGUACGGGGACGUGAUGCAGAAGAAGAACAUGUGGGAGAUCAUCGCAGAUCCUUCAGGGAAGCCCGCACAAAACACGAAGGGCUCCGCGGAAAACAAGAAGUACAAGUUCGUGGUGACCGGACACGGCAAAUACGAGAAGAUGGCCGCUGGGCGUGGGGACGUCUCCGAUGCGGACUCUGGUGAGACACAUAUUUCCUUGUAACAAUACACUGCUUCCUCUUCCUGUCUACAGCCCUCAGCCUUCUGGGUAAUGUAGUAUAUCAAUAUUUACUUCCUGGUUGACAUCUAGUUAAAUAUUUAUUUAACAUGUAUUUACCCAGGGUAAGACAAUUAAGAACAUUACACAUAGGCAGCAUUUACAUGUUAGAGAUGUUAGAGUGUGAUGAUAAUCUCUCAUUUACCAACACAAAUGAGCGCUAUAGUUCGCUCUCAAAUUUAACAAAUGUUUUUAACGUGCGGGGGUAAAUGUGUUGGAACAUAAACGAAUGUUUAAGAUGGACAAACACUUUUCAAGCGUAAAACAUACACGGAGAAUGUCUGCAACUUGUGGACAAAAAGGAAGUUUCUGGUGGCGUUUUUUUCUGUAAUUAUAAUUAUUACUGUUAUUAGUUAUAAUGAAUGAAAACAGUACAGUUAUUUGACAAUGAGCGCUUAGUAUGUGCAAUUACUGCCAUUUAGUGUCUACUUUUAAGUAUAAACAUCAAUACAGUAUUUGUUUUCAGUUUUUUUUUGUUGAGGUUGAGUUACAAGGAACACUUAAGACAUGGAUCACAAAUUCAUCAAAUCAAAAUGUUCUUAACAAAAAUAAAUAAGCCUCAAAACAUUUCUACGUUUGCUGCAACUUUCUGAAAAAGCUGCCAGCAAUCCAAGCAUUUUCGGCAACGACAAUCACAAAAAAAAAGCCAACGAAAUCCUGGAAUGAUUGCAUAAUGACAUAAUUUGUCAAAGUUAGGGAUUGGUACCAAUUACCGGUACCUCGGAUCCGAUACCAAUUUUCAGUAUUUUAGUAAAUGUUCUGUCCAGUUGUUAUAUCUAGGUUUUAUUAUCCUACGUGAGUCUCAUUUGCAAUGCAGUUGCACUAUCACGACACUAGAUGGCAGUACGGUGUAGGCCAUCUAUAACGUUGUCUAACUAGGAAGUAGCCUCUUCCAGGAAGCUGAAUGUGUUAUGUUGCGCCCUACAAAGUGUUUGUACUGUAAGUAUUACACGCCACGUGUUUGACUGUCACAUUCAUCUUAGUCGUAGUUUUCCUUACCAAAAUUCGGAGGUGUUGAAAUCGCCAUGUAAAGUCGAUAAUGCUAAUAGUAGGGCGAAUACAAUGUAAAUUAGCAUCAAGCUCGCGCAUUUUGGAAGAGUGAAGCCUUACUUUACAUUUCAUUUAGAGGGAGUUUGCCUUAGUCCGCCCUUGACUUGAUUGUUUACGUGAGCGGCCGUUUAGUCUGCAACCGGACGUAACGUCACUUGCAACAAAGGUAUCGAAAAAUGGCACCGUUAGAUUUUAUGAGACUCAAUACCUGAAAACCUGAAUACACCUCCGCCCCGUACAGGCUAACCUCCGCCAACCUCCGAGGACAAAGCUGCGAACAAUGGGAGACCGGGCUUUCUGCUCCGCCGCUCCCAGUCUGUGGAACGCUCUCCCUGACCACCUGAGGGCACCACAGACUGUGGAUGCUUUUAAAAAAGGCUUAAAAACCCUUUUUUUUUUUAAAAAGAGCCUUUUUUUAGAUACACUACCGUUCAAAAGUUUGGGGUCACAUUGAAAUGUCCUUAUUUUUGAAGGAAAAGCACUGUACUUUUCAAUGAAGAUAACUUUAAACUAGUCUUAACUUUAAAGAAAUACACUCUAUACAUUGCUAAUGUGGUAAAUG